CCCAAUCAUUCCCAAGAAAGUCUUUCCCCUUCCUUCAUUCCUCUACUCAUCUCACAACCCAUAACCUCGCCCACGUCAAGCACAAACCCCCAAAAAUAAAAAUAACCUCAAGUACCUGCCUCUUCUUGACACUUUCGAAGCUUUCAUUCUUUUUUCCUUCAACAUAAUGUCCAAGGCAGAACUAUAAAAUAUUCUUCCACCUUACAAUACCUCCAAAUACAAUAGCACCCAAUCAAGUUCUUGUCGCAAUCUCCCCACAGUAAGGAGAAACCUCCCACGUUACGAAAUAUACCUACGGGACCAUCAGAAUUAUCAUUCAACCACCUCCCGCAACGCAAAUAAUCUUGACAAACCACAACAUAUCUUUAAAUUUUGAUACAACCCUCGAUCUACUCAUACACAUAUCCCGCGAACAAAUAUUCCCCCUUGGUUUGGUGCUAGCUAUCACCCACCACCCAGACCUCUCUGUUUUAACAAAAAACUUUGGUUAUUGUGCGGACAUUGGAGAUUAAAGCUUUGACAAGCGUGCCACCGGCUCCUUGCAUCACAACAACAAACUUUUCAUUUCUGUUUCUUCUCAAACUCAAAACUCUCUGCCGCUCAUGAUGAGUCAACAGUAUUCCGAGAUGUUCCAGGACUACCCGCCGAAUCGAUCACCAGCGUCGAGUCGAGCUUAUGGCAAUAUGACGCUUAAUCGCCAAACGUCGCGACAAUUUAUGGAUAAUUAUCAGGCACCUCUUCAAAAUGGGGGAGGCCUUUACACGUCUGAUGAAGCUUCGCAAUAUAACGGAAAUCAACCUGGCUACAGAGGUCCUACUAGCAACGUUAACUAUGCCUACGAGAGUCAGACAUGGAACUAUGGAGGUGCAAAUGGAGCUAGCACAAUGGGAGCAGCCGGUCGGAUGAGACCUCAACAACAAGCUCGCAGAGCUGAAAUCCCAUCUGUAUGUUACCCCUUUUUUUUUUUUACCUUUUCUUGUUCAACACUUUUUGCGCGCUCCUGAAUUGAACUGACAUUUUAUAGACCUGGAUGAAUUCAGGCAACCCUUCCCUCGGUGGUCCUAUUACCCAAACAAGCUUGCAGCAACAUAAUAGUUUGCCUGGCAUGUUUGACCAACCUCAACAUUCCCAUCGUUCACCACCACCUCCAAAUCAGCAGAGCGAUCACGAAGAGCUUAUUCCAACCGCCAUCGUUAUCAAGAACAUCCCUUUCGCUGUUAAGAAAGAACAAUUGACAGAAAUGAUGUCUAACAUGGGAUUACCAUUGCCAUAUGCCUUUAAUUACCACUUUGAUAAUGGCGUUUUCAGGGGGUUGGCAUUCGCUAACUUCACCGAUGCUCGCGAAACGCAACAAGUCAUCGAUGCAUUAAACCAUAUGGACUUGCAAGGGCGAAAGCUCAGAGUUGAGUAUAAAAAGAUGCUUCCAGCAGCGGAGCGCGAUCGAAUUGAACGCGAUAAGAGAGAAAGACGAGGUCAACUAGAGGAGCAACAUCGUGCACCAAACAUGAUUUCCACAGGCUCCCUUCAUACUGCGGGAUCUAUGACUUCGAUGAAUUCUGGCUUAAGAACAACAUCCCCUUCGCCAGUAAACAUGCGUCAAAAUGUUGUCACACCUAACAGUAACACCGCAGGUAAGUACCAAUUUUGCUCUCGCGCAAAUCACUGAACUAACAUUCUUGUUGCAGAAUAUGAUCUGAAUGAUCCCACGACAUUAGGCUAUUACACUGAGCUUCUUCUCUUCAAGAAUGAUCCUGAGAGGGAAGCUUAUACGUUCGCACCCACGGUUUCUCCCGCGGAUCGUAGAAUUAUUCACACUUUGGCACAUAACAUGGGACUAGACCACCAUUCGCAAGGACACGGAGAGCUGCGUCAAGUGCAAAUAAUCAAGACCAAGCAUGCCAGCCCACCUUUGAAUCAAAUCCAAGCUGGAUAUUAUAAUGAAUCCCAACGCCGUGGACUUAACCGAGCUGCAACAAUCGACUUCAGCGAACAACGAGCCAAUGAUGCUGCUUACCAAAUGCACACACUCGGCCGACAAGGUUCCGGCCUUCUGGAUAUUCCAGGUUCCCCAGGGGUACGUGACCUAAUUAAUGGUGGUCAAAGUCUACGAGCCGCGAAAUCCUUCGCCGACCUGCGCUCUUAUUCGCCGUCACCUGUGCCAUCGUCAGCGAGCUUCCCAGCUAAUUUGAGCCAGAACAUCGCCAGAUUCCAAGGCAAUGAUUACGGUCUCGGAUCGGUUACAGGCGGAACUCCCAACUUGACACCUACAUCAGCAGGUCCAUUAGGUCUUAGGGAGGACGCAUUCCUUGCCAACGGCAUAAGUAACAUGUCACUUGGAUAUGAUCGUCAACCCCGUUCAACCGUACCUGGUCGUAUUGGCCAGGAGAGAGAUAGUUACACAUCAAAUGCUGGUCCUAUUGGAAGCCAGCGUCCAGUCAAUGGAAACCUCGAAGACAGCUCGAGAAGCACUUCCGCUGCAGUUCCGGAGAGACAACCAAGAGGUCCUACCAGUGACCAAUGGAGUUCUGGAUUUUCCCGCAAUAGACAGAGCGGCCAUGCGAGCAAAGGCAGUGAUGGUAAGUUGUGGAAACCAGCAUUGAAGUAUUUCAAGCUAACUAAAUGGCAGAUUCAUCCGAGCGAAACGGCUUCACCUCCGCUUCUCGAUUUAUGUAAUACUCUUGAAGAGAUUUACGACGUUAUGAACAUUAGAGCUACUGACGCGUUCUACGUAUUAAAACGUCACAUUACUGGCAGCGAUAUUUAGUUUGUCGUGCCCGCGGAGCUCAUUCUCUUUCAUGCAAUCUUUUUCAGAGCCUUCGAUUGCCUUCAAUAGGCUUGUCAACUCGGCUCUUGUUACUGUAAUUACAUUUGUGACCUCGAUUUCUCAUCUGAGAGCACCUGCGCUCUAGACUCGUUUUGUAUCGCGGUAUAUACACGUUUUGCUUAAUAUUAUCACCGAUUGGCUUCUGCGAACGACGACAUAACGAAUCAACCAGGAUACCAUUAAAUCGACAGGGCAACCUUGACGAUAACGCUACUAUGACUUCCUUCCGGUAUCCAUCAAAAACAAGGAUUCGGAUUAUUUUAACGUCUUUGGACAUCAAAUAAUAAUAAGGGUCUGCCACACCCCCAUUUCUACACACGAUUGACGAUUGUAACGUCCCGUCACGCUAUAAAAUUAUAAAAAAGUACCUUGGUCUAAAGUUCCAGAUAUCGACUAAACCAACACCAACACCAACAUCUACUCGCUGGAUCUCGAGUUAAAUUGUAGGGCUGACUGAGGGAUAUGGAAUCAUUGUACUUUAAUUGUUUGCUACUCAUGUUGGUCAUCAAAGUUUGAAAAUUCUUGUACUGUUGUUGCUGGGGCUAUUAGUUUGGGAGG